GGCCUCGCGGUUCCCUGGGCGGCGGGGCACUAGGACUGCAGAGCGGGGUGCGGUUGCCAGACGGGUUGCAGUGCUGGAGGCCCCCCGCAAGCGGAAGUCUGGGGGCUGAGGCGAUGAUCUUGUGCCAUGCGGAUCCGAAGAGCCCGGGAGCGCCGCGGGCUGCUGUUUAUUGCUGGCUUGGGUUUGGUGUGAUGCCCAGUAUGUGCUAUGCUGGUGAAGUCACACCUGCACCUGAAGAGCACUGAAGUCUGUUGAUAAGAACAAGAUACAUUAGAAUUCAUCUAUACCUCUUCCGAGAAAGUCUAUAAAAGAUGCAAGAAAAACAAGUUUGUGUGUCUCAAAAUGCCUCAUCUUCUUGCUAAUAGUGGCUUUGUUUAUUAUGAAAAGUGAAAGAGGAAAACAUUUUUCUGGACAUCUUAAAAGUAGCUUGUGGAGGUGACAAAAAUGCUUUGUGUGAGGCAUAUUUACGCAUUUGCACUGAGACGCUGCCAGUUUCGAACUCUGAGUAGUGACACGUUGCUGAGCCAGUUAAAUAGCUGCACAACUGAAGAUCAGGUCUUUGAUCUUGUUGGAAAGAACAAAGCCAAACUAUCUGAAAAACACGUUGGAAGUGCAAUUAGUCUACUGUGGAAAUUUCAAAAGGAGAAGUCCCAUCUGUUGAGGAAUAUCGACUAUGUAAAAAACCAUUCCCAGUUUCUUACUCUUCGCAUUUUAGCUGAAAACAAGAUAGAAUUUAUGGAUAAUGAUCUCUUGGUGGAUACGCUGUACAAUGUAUUGAGGUUCACUGUUGAGGCCCAUGAUUCUCUGGUAGAAGAGCUGGUCAUGGAAGCAUGGAGAAGAUUAGAAAGGUUUAGUCUGCCAACUCUGUCUAAGUUUGCACUGUGUCUAAAUGAACAACAGAUGUACUCUAGCCCUCUAAUUGGUAAAAUAGCUGAUAUUGUGAAUGUGAAUUUGGAUUCUAUACAGGACACAAGGGUCCUGUCGGUUUUGAUGAUCAGUAUAUCUAGUGUUAUCUCACGGAAUUUUCGAGAACGAUUAAUACAAAAGGCUGAACUUCUGUUGGAAACAGUGAAUUUUAUCAGUGUCAACCAUGCCAGAAGGAUGGUGCAGUUUCUUCGAAAUGUCAGACUAACUUACCGUCCAUUGCUAGAAAAAUGCAAUAAGGUUUUCCUUGAGAAUCCCAGUCAGCUUGAUCUAGAGAACAUCAGUCUUAUCCUUGGACUAUACCAGUCUCUACAGUUUAACAACACUGAAUUCCGAUUAGUCAUUAAACAGAAGCUGAUGGAAACUAUUGAUGAUUGUAACAAUCCUGUGAGUUUCACAAGAUUAUUUGCUGCUUUGGGGCCUAUGGCAGGACAAGAGGUAAGAGAACGGUUAAUAGCAACUGCACUACUAAUGGCAGAAGAAUUUAACUGUCACCAAGCAUUGGUAGUAGUGGAAACAAUGGAGGAAAUGGAAUGUAGAAAUUCACAUCUGAUUCAAAAAAUUGCUUCUCUUCUACAUAAGUACUUGGAUAAGUACAAGCCAACAGAGUUAGCAAAAAUAACGCAAGCCUUGGUGCUGCUGCAUUGCCAUAAUGCAGAGCUUUACACCAAAUUAAGAAGAUUGCUAGUUGGCUACUUACAAGUUAAUGUUGUGCCCAGUGACAUUUCUAUGCUAACUCGUGUUCUGUCCAUGCUUCCUUCUUCUCAAGUGGAUGAAGUAGUGAUUAACAGAGUUGAUGCAGUUUGGCCUCAGUGCAACUUAAGUGAUUUGAGUAGCUUUGCUACAGCUCUUGUCAGAUGGGUUCGUCAUGAUCAGUCACAUCAGCAAAGCACUUCUGGACCAAGUGCGAAGCUUCUGCAAAAAUUAAGUAACUGCGGAUAUCAGAGGCUUCAAAAAGCCAGUGACUUGGAUCAGUUGCUGGAAGAACUUAGAUAUAUAUCUGGAGAAUGGUUUGAAGAAAUACUUGUUGAAGAAACAAUCAAUACUUGUCAGCGCUUGAUGGACCAAAUUACAUGGAUGAAUGUACUAGAAUUUUCAUCUUUUCUCAUCAAAACAAACUACCGCUGUACUCCAUUACUUGAUAGAAUAGCUUCUGUGGCAGUUCAACAUAUGAGCAAGAUCCAUCCUUCUGGAACAUAUAAUCUUCUCCUCCCCUUCACUGUUAUGAAUUAUGAUCCUCCUCAAAGUGAAGAGUUCUUUGAGACUUGCAUCCAACAUUUUAGCUCUCACUUAGGUUGUUUUGAGCCUCACCUCCUGGUGCUGCUUGGUUAUUCCUUGGCUAUUGCUGAGUAUUUUCCUCCAGCCCUGAUAAACGCAAUAUUUAAUGUUGAUUUCCUAACCAAACUGGAUGCCCAGCUUGAAAUCCUACCAGAUACCUUGAAUUGGAGGGUCCGGUUACGCCUGAUGGAAUUGAACAGAGCUGUGUGUCUGGAAUGCCCUGAGUUUCAGAUCCCUUGGUUUCAUGAGCGCUAUUGUCAGCAGAUGCAGCGUAAAGGCAAUGGCAGCACAAAUACAGCGCAACAGCAGAUUCAUAGAAUGCUGGGGGAGAUCUUGGGAGGAAGCCAGUAUGCAAAAGUAUCUGUUCUCACGCCUUACUACUAUGGAAUAGAUUUUGAAUGCAUUCUGGAUAAAAACAAAAAGCCUCUUCCUUAUAUGGAUCAGAGUAUAGUUUUGGCUGACUUAGUGCAGUGGGGACCAGACAUCCAGCUCCUGGGGAGGAAGGGGCUUCCACCGGGAGCACAGAGCAGAAUUGCUGUGGAGUUUCUGGAUUCUAAAGCUUUUUGCAAAAAUUCAUGUCAUCUCAAAGGAGAAAUUGCAAUUAAAAAAAGACACCUGGAAAUUUUGGGGUACCAAGUGGUUCAGAUUCCUCACUUUGAAUGGAAUUCCAUGGAGCUGUCAUCAAAAGAUGCAUGGAUGGAGUAUCUGAAAAAGAAUAUAUUUGAAACAAAGUAAUAUAGAAGAGGCAAUCAUGAAUAUAUAUUUUCAUAUAAACAUUUAACUUGAUCAUGUAACAUUAAAUAUUUUGUAACCUUAA